AUGGCGGUUCAACGGAUCCAGGAUGCAACGCCGGGCCACCCUCAUUAUGUGCAGGUGUCCGCGAUCCGGGAACUUCUGGCUAGGGAGUGGGAAGUGCAGGUUGGUCACAUUUUUCGCGAGGGCAACGUGGUUGCGGAUUACCUUGCCUCCGCUGGCCACGCGCUAUCAACAGGGAUACAUGUUUUUGAGAACCCGAGCUCAAUGUUGAGCCACUGGUUGUAUUUUGACACUUUGGGGAUUCAAACUCCCCGUUCAGUUAUUAAUUAA